AUCAUAUCACGUACAAAGUUGUUGAUAAAUCAGAUGAUAACGUUUACAUAAAUGUUCCUAUUCAAAUAUUAAAUAAUAGUCAUAAAGGUUUGCCACCACACGAGCUUAAUUUAAAAGUUGGAGCAAUAGAUACAUUACUGAGAAAUUUAAGUAUAGCAGACGGUUUUUGCAACAACAUACGAUUGAAGAUUAGAAAAUUAUUUGAGUAUAAUACUGAAGACGAAGUUAGAACAAGAGAAGGACAUGAAAAUAAAGUAUUUAUAUCGAAAGUCACUUUAAAUGCAGUUAAUACCUCGUCAUUACCUUUCAUACUUUACAAAGAGCAAUUUCCUUUGGUUUUGGCAUUCGCUAUGACAAUCUACAAAUCUGAAGGGCAAAGUUUCAAUUUAGUCG